AUGUGGUCGCUCUUCUACUUCCUUUUGUAUGCAGCGAAUCCCCCGACUGCAGAAACCUUGAAUGGAACAUACCGGGGUGAAUACCUUCCCGAGUAUCAGCAAGACCUUUUUCUGGGAAUCCCUUUCGCUCGUCCACCAUUGGAACAUCGGCGAUUUGCGAACCCGGAGUCCCUGAACACCGCGUGGACGGGUGCCCGCCCGGCAACAAAAUAUGCGUUUGAGUGUAUUGGCUACGGUGGGGGCCAGAAAGGGUAUCUCCAGAGCGAGGAUUGUCUCUACCUUAACGUGAUCCGGCCCUCCGGCUACCAGAACGAUAGUCUGCCAGUGUUGGUAUGGAUCCAUGGUGGGGGCUUCAAAGAAGGAGGUACUCCCGAUAAGCGAUAUAACCUAACCUUCAUUGUCAACAACUCCGCCGUCAUCAACGAACCCAUCAUCGCAGUGAGUCUAGCUUACCGUCUGGGACCCUUUGGCUUCUUGAACGGCGACGAGGUGGCCGCCAGCGGGGCGUUGAAUCUCGGCCUCAAGGACCAGCGGCUGGCGCUGCAUUGGAUCAGGGAGAACAUCGCGGGACUUGGAGGUGACCCGGACAAAAUCACUAUUUACGGACAAAGUGCUGGGUCGGAGAGCGUGGGCUACCAUCUUCGCGCAUUUAACGGACGAGACGACAAGCUUUUCCAGGCGUUUGAUGGGAUUGUCGCAGCCGCUGGCUGCGGAAGCGACCAGAACUCCACCAAGCUGGACUGUCUGCGCGACCUUCCCUUUGCCACCCUGAACAAUAUCCUCAAUACGACUACGUACAACACGGGGUGGGAACCGACCAUCGACGGUGAUUUUGUGGCCCGUUACCCCAGCGAACAGCUGGAAGCCGGGGCGUUCGUGCACGUGCCCAUCAUUGCCGGCACGACGACCGACGAGGGCACGACGCAGUGUCCGAAGCCAGUGAAUACCUCUCUCGAGUUGAGGGCCUGGAUGACUGAGACAUCCAGCUACCAACUAGCCCUAAACGACACCAUCGCAACCCGCCUCCUUACCCUCUACCCCAACACAACUACCUUCGGCAUCCCCUCCACCGAGGAGCUAGGCGACACCAACAUAACCUUCCCGCAACCCUACGGUGCCAGCUUCCGGCAGACAGCCGCCUACUACGGCGACCAGGUCUUUAUCGCCUCACGGCGACGCACCUGCGAGGUCUGGGCCGCCCGCGGGAUACCCGCCUACUGCUACCGCUUCAACACCAAGCCGGCGGGUCUCGCGUGGGAGGUCGGGGUGGAGCAUUUCUCCGACGUGGCAUUCAUAUUCAACAACCUCGCGGGGGAGGGCUAUGACCCAAGUCCCUUUGCGGGGAUGCCCGCCAGCUACGCCGAGCUUAGCUAUCUGAUGGCCGGCUCGUGGGCGAGCUUUGUCACGAGUCUUGAUCCUAAUGCCUGGCACGGGCGCGGUCGUAACGCAACCCGGGACGGGGUGCAGUGGCCUGUCUAUCGUGUCGAGGCGCCGGAGAUUGUCGUCUGGGAUGCGAAUGUGACUACUUUUGUGGAGCGGGAUGAUUGGCGGAAGGAGGGGAUUCGGUUGAUCCAGAGUUUGGCGUUGGAGUAUGGGCGGUAA